AUGGCCAUGCGUGCGAUGCUGGAUCUCAAUGGUCUCGAAAAAUGCAUCGUUACUGGUGAUGCCGGAGAAGUGGACACGGACAAGCAAAAGAAGGCUAAAGGAAGAAUUCUACUCAGUAUCGAUGAAUCCCUGUAUGUACAUGUAGAGAACUCUAGAAAUGCAGCAGAAAUGUGGGAUAAGCUCGAAAAUCUAUUCCAAAACACGGGUGCCAUGCAUAAAAUAGGGUUAAUACAAAAAUUGAUUAACAUUCGUCUUGAAAACUGCGAGUCAAUGUCCGAAUAUGUAAGUCAAAUUUCAGGAGCUGCUAAUAAGCUGAAUAAUAUUGGGCUUAACAUCGGAGACAAACUGGUUGGUGCAAUCAUGCUGGCUGAUCUCACAGAAGAAUUCAAACCUUUAACGAUGGGUUUCGAGGGCAGUGGAAUAAAGACAACUUCGGAUGCCGUAAAAACGAAAUUCAUUGACACAGCAUAUCAGAAGGAAUCUCAUUGUGUCUUUCUCGGUAAAAAUGCAUCCAAGGAUAAAAGAUCAAAGAACUCUGAUGUAAGAACACCAAAAUGUAAUAAGUGUGGCAAGAAGGGUCACAAGUCGAAUCAAUGCAGGUACACUAAAGAUCCCAAGCCUAAUAAGAAUGAAAAAUUGGCAGAUUCGGAUGACAGAUCAAUCAAAGCAAGUAAAGACAAAAAGGAAAGUAGAAACGCAUUUAGUGCAAUGUCCUUGUCUAAAGCAACGCAAAAUCGAAGCAAUUGGUAUAUAGACAGUGGAGCGUCACAGCAUAUGACGUCUCAUGAAGAUUGGUUAAGUGAAUUGAGAUCUACAUCUGUAAAAGAAAUUGUUACUGCCAAUAAUCAAAAAAUGGCUGUCUCAGGAACAGGCAAAGUUGUUCUCAGGGUAAAUGAUGAGGAUGUCGGCGUAAAGGAUGUUCUAUAUGUUCCGGAACUGACGACGAACAUACUUUCAGUCAAUCAAAUGGUAAAAAAUGGAAAUACCGUAGUAUUCAAUGCUGAUGGAUGUUCUAUCUUUAAUAAAAAUGGAGAUUGCCUAGUCAAGGUGAAACCAUCUGAUGGAGUGUAUCAUCUUCCAAGUAUCAACUCAUCAUGCAUGCUAUCAACCACUAGCGACAGCGCGAUAAUUUGGCGAUCGUCGGCUAGCACAUGUGAACCAUGGCGAUUUGUGUCAAAAUCUGAAAUACUGAAGCGAUUCAAAGAUUUCAAGAAGCUAGUUGAGAUCCAAACCGAAAGAAAAAUAAAAGUAAUCCGGACAGAUAAUGGGACGGAAUAUUGCAGCAAGGAUUUUGAAGAAUUCUGCCGUAAUGAAGGUGUAAAUCAUCAAAUGUCGAACACAUAUACUCCUCAGCAAAAAUGGGAUUGCAGAGCGUAUGAACUAUGCAUCAACUCGGCAUUGGACGAUAAAACGCCAGAACAAAUGUGGACCGGAGAUAAGACGGAUGUAAGCAAUCUCAAGAUUUUCGGUUGA